GCCUUCCAUAAUUUUCUUUCAUAUAACCCUUUGUCUUCGAGAUCGAUCUAGCUACCUACAAGGAAAUGGCUACCCCUAACCAAAUUCAAAGUCUCACCAAGGCUUUCCAAGGAGUUGGAGUGGACGAGAAUACAUUGAUAACAAUUAUGGGGAAAUGGCAACCGGGAGAAGCAAACACAUUCAGAAAAGAAAGUAAUUUCUUUGAAAAAGAUACACAACACCUCAUCUACCUUUGGAAACAAGGCGAUGUUAUAAGAAUUAAGAAAGAGUUCUUGCUUUUCAAGAAUGCUGUGAUUUUGUGGAUGAUGCAUCCAUGGGAACGAGAUGCUCGAUUGUUAAAGAAAGCCAUAAACGAUGGGCCACAGUCUUACAACGUGCUUGUUGAGAUCGCAUGCACCAGAUCAUCUGACCAGCUAUUGGGUGCUAGGAAGGCUUACCAUUCCCUCUUUGACAGCUCUAUUGAGGAAGACACUUCUUCCCAAGUCAAAAGUAAUGAACGUAAGUUUUUGGUGUGUCUUGUGAGUGUGUAUAGAUAUGAAGGAACAAUGGUGAAUAAUGAGGUCGCAACAUUUGACGCACUGGCACUUGUCGAUGCCAUUACAAGUGAAAUCCGCAAUCAAAUUGAUGUACUAAGGAGAGGCUUGCAUGGAGGAAAAAAUGUGGAGGGUGAAAAGAGCCUCCUUGAUAACGAUGAUGUCUUAAAGAUACUAACCACAAGGAGCAAACGUCAUCUUAUGGCCGUAUGUGAGGUAUACAAGAGAUAUGCUAGGAGGAACUUAGAUGAGGAUUUUGAGGACCCUAAAUAUACGAGGCUAAAAGAGACAAUACAAUGUUUAUGUGCUCCCCAAAAAUAUUUCACUAAGGUACUAGACACAGCACUUAAGAAUGGUGUUAAUACAAGAGUGAAUAAAGCACUGACUAGAGUAAUUGUCACUCGAACUGACAUUGAUAUGAAGAAGAUAAAAGAAGAAUUCCAAAACCAGUAUGGAGUGGAACUAUCCAAGAAAAUUGAAGAAAUCGCAAAUGGGAACUACAAGGAUUUCUUACUUACCUUGGUUAAAAGAGGAAAUUAAUAGAUAGACAAGUGAGUUAGUCACAAGAAUCUUUUACUUAAUGGGGAUCUCAAUGGCACAAGAUUUAUUUAUGAGUAUGUGUUCUUUCUUGUUGAUUCUUGUCUUGAUUUUAAGAAUUUCACUUGUAAUAACUCUUGUUAUUUCCUAUGCAAAAAAAAUACAAAUAAAUAAAAACAACGUAAUAAGCCUGUAUCAAUAUAUAUACAUGUUUAAAAAUAUAUAUUUAUUUGUUUCUCUC